AUGCUUCCAGGACGUGGAGUUGGUUGUCUGCCUGAUAACCCUUUGGGUCUUUCUUGGCAUGAUAGUAAUUGGAUUCCCAUGCUCAACUCUAAUAACAUACUAGACUAUUUCUCGGAACGUAGUAAUCCAUUCUACGAUCGAAGUUGUAAUAAUGAAGCUAUUAAAAUGCAACGGCUCAGUAUGGAUCAGUUGAGCAAUAUGAUUGGACUGGAGUAUUGUCUUCUUCAUGUGCAAGAACCAAUUCUGUAUGUAGUACGUAAACAACACAGACAUUCUCCGACACAUUCUACACCAAUUGCUGAUUUUUACAUUGUUGCUGGUAUAGUUUAUCAAGCACCAGAUCUUCUUUCAAUUAUUAACUCACACAUGAUGUCUUCAGCAUAUCAUUUAGAGACUGCAUUCGAAGAACUUAACUCUUUAGCUAGAUUUCAUCCAUCUAAAGGUUAUUCGUGGGAAAAUCGUAGACCUGGUCAGCCAACUGGUCCUGUAACAGCUCCUCCUCCAUCUCCGGUUAAGGUUACCGGCAAAAGAGACAUUGAAGAAGCUAGUUCCCAAUUUCAAAGAUUACGAGUAGAUAUGUUGUUAGUUGAAUUAACAAGAAAGUUUCCUUUACCUUUACCUCAAGCUCUUUCUGCAACACCUCAAAAUACUAUAAAUAAUCAACAAACAAAUGAACUAAAUAAAAAAGAAGUGAAACAAGAAAUAAAACAGGAAACGAUUCAAGACGUAAAUAUUAAACAAGAAUCUCAACCUACUAACUCUUUAUCACCAUCUAUGAGACCACCACCAGAGAAAAAGUUUAAGCCGGCAUGAUACACUUCUAAUAUAUAUAUAUUGGUAUAUUAUUUAUUUACAUUAUCUGAAUUUUCUAUACAGACUAAAGUAAACUUAUAAAGUAUAUACUUGAUACUAAUUAUAACCUUUUACUUAUUUUAGUUCAAAAUGUAUUAUUAUUUUUAUACCUACUAUAAAUUAUAGGAUUAAUUCUUAAUGAUUAAAAGAAUAUUCAAAAUAAGUAUUCAGUUU